AUGGCUGAUUUAUCAAACCAAGUAGAAAAUUUGAAUAUCGACGGUAAUGCAUCGUCUUAUGUACCUCCACAUUUGAGGAACAGCAGCAGACGUCCUAGAAAUGACGGUGAAGGCUCUUCAUUCAAUAACAAAGGUAGUUUCUUUGGACGUGGACGUGGUGGCGGAUUUUCUAGUAACCGUGGUGGCCGUGGUGGUGGCUCUGGUGGCGGUUUUAGACCAGCAGGUACUGGUAGAUGGAUUAAUGGUAAGCACGUUCCAACUGAAAGAAAUGAAAAAUUAGAAUUACAAUUAUUUGGGGCUACUGGUGAUCCAAAUUUCCAAUCAUCUGGUAUUAAUUUUGAUAAUUACGAUGACAUUCCAGUGGAAGCAUCUGGUGAAAAUGUUCCUGAGCCGGUGACGGAAUUUACCAGUCCACCAUUAGAUGAAUUGUUGUUAGAAAAUAUUAAGUUUGCUCACUUUGUUAAACCAACUCCUGUGCAAAAGUAUUCUAUUCCUAUCGUUGCCAACAAGAGAGAUUUAAUGGCAUGUGCCCAAACUGGUUCCGGUAAGACUGGUGGGUUUUUGUUCCCAGUUUUGUCUGAAUCAUUUUUCACUGGUCCCUCUGAAAUUCCUGAAGCUGCUAGAAGCUCUUAUAUGAGAAAGGCUUUCCCAACUGCAGUUGUUUUGGCCCCAACCAGAGAAUUAGCAACUCAAAUUUUCGAUGAAGCUAAGAAAUUUACCUAUAGAUCCUGGGUUAGACCAACUGUUGUUUACGGUGGUAGUGACGUUGGUUCUCAAAUGAGAGACUUGGACCGUGGUUGUGAUUUGUUAGUGGCAACUCCUGGUCGUCUAAAUGAUCUUUUGGAACGUGGUAAAAUUUCUUUGGCCAAGGUUAAGUAUUUGGUCUUAGAUGAAGCUGAUAGAAUGUUGGAUAUGGGUUUCGAACCUCAGAUUAGAAAUAUCGUGGAAGGUUGUGACAUGCCAGGUGUGGACCAAAGACAAACUCUGAUGUUUUCAGCUACUUUCCCAGUUGACAUUCAGCAUUUGGCCCGUGAUUUCUUGAGUGAUUACAUCUUUUUAUCGGUCGGUAGAGUUGGUUCCACUUCCGAAAACAUUACCCAAAGAGUGUUGUAUGUGGAAGAUGAAGACAAGAAGUCUGCACUUUUGGAUCUAUUGUCUGCUUCCAGUGGUGGAUUGACUUUGAUUUUUGUGGAGACAAAGAGAAUGGCCGAUCAAUUGACAGAUUUCCUCAUUAUGCAAAACUUCAGAGCUACUGCUAUUCACGGUGAUCGUACUCAAUCUGAACGUGAAAGAGCUUUGGGUUCUUUCAAGACCGGUAAAGCUGAUUUGCUAGUGGCUACCGCUGUGGCUGCUAGAGGUUUGGAUAUUCCAAAUGUCACCCACGUUAUUAACUAUGAUUUGCCAGGUGAUGUUGAUGAUUAUGUUCACAGAAUCGGUAGAACUGGUCGUGCUGGUAAUACUGGUUUAGCUACUGCAUUUUUGAACAGAGGUAACAAGAAUGUCGUGAAAGGUUUAAUCGAAAUUUUGUCUGAAGCUAAUCAAGAAGUUCCAUCGUUCUUAAACGAUCUAUCAAGAGAAUCCGCUUUCGGCUCUCGUGGUGGUAGAGGCGGUGGCGGUUUCUCCAAUAACCGUUCAUUCGGUACAAGAGAUUACCGUAAACAAGGAACCGGUUCCUUCGGUGCCUCCCGUGGUGGUGGCGGUAGCUUAGGUGGCUCCUUCCGUGGUGGCGGCAACAGUGGCAGCUCCUGGGGAGGUGGCAGAUCUUCUAAUUGGGAUUCUUUCGGUUCUGCUGGUGGUAACUCCUGGUGGUAA